AUGUCUUCUCCUAUCUUCUUCGGGGAGAGACCCAAAGGACCAUUCUUGGGUCGAACAUUGGAAGCAUGGCUUCUUCGAUGGCGCUCUGGGUUUAGGGUUUUGGAGGGAGUCCGUUGCCCAUACUUGGCGGACUAA